GUUGAGACAUGACAAAUUGAACUGAUUUUGUCCAUUAAGAAAAGUGUUGGCCCCGCCAAUAGAGUAGAUCUAUGCAGUGAAGUAUGAACUCUUUGCCCUCAAAUUAUGCCAAGACUUGGAGCAUGGUCAUUGCAACAAAUAGGGCCUAGGGUGUGGGACGAAAUCCUUACAGUAUGAUACAACAAUUUAAGAUUUUUUUUCCCUCGAGAUUGCUAUAUAUAUGUAUGUAUUUUAUCUUUAGAACUGUAACUAGGGUUUCUUUUGGUGAGAUUUGAGUGUAUUGAGACAACUGUGUAAGAUAGAAAAAGAUGUACAUUAUAGUUUUUAGAAUUAUGGUGAAACAAAUGAUCUUAAAGAUCUUAAAUCCUCUAAAACAAAUGACAGCAAAAAGCUUUUCUUCAAAACCUGUAUGUUCCUCCUUCCCAGGAAAAUCAUCAACUCUAGCUACCAUAUGUUAAAGAAGAAGAUUUAACAGUCAUUUUAGAACAGCUCUGUGAUGCUAGAUAUUCAGGCAGGGAAGGUAUUUAAUGGUCUAUAGAUGUUUGGUUGAGGUUCCUUUCAAUUGAUGGAUUCUUCAUAAGUGUAAAAGUAAUCACUAUAAUUAUGCAGGUAACAGUACGUAUCUAAUUAUCAUUUAAAAAAAUUAAUUAAGAAAAUGGUAUUGAUACACUUUGAAUAUAUUAAGAGAAUAAAACGACAAACAUUAUGAUUUAUGGUUUGGGUAUCCUACAGUGUUGUUUAUUCCAUUUCUUUCCGAAUAACAGAAAGGAAUGCCAUGACAGAAUCAAUAGAAGCAUUCCCAAUGUUUUUGGUGUAUUUUUCUUUAUUCUGUAUCCCAGUAGCUUCAACCACAUUAACCACUAUGACUCCACGUACAUCCAUUAUUGAAGGUGAUACCCUAGUUUCAGCUGACGGAAGCUUCGAACUGGGAUUUUUCAGGCCUGGUAAGUCAAGGAAUUAUUACUUAGGAAUACGGUACAAGAAGGUUACUGAAAAAGAAAUCAUAUGGGUAGCCAACAGAGAAAAUCCACUCACUAAUCUUCAUGUAGCAGUACUAAAUGUCACCAGGGAAGGCAAAUUAGUCCUAUUUGGUGACAGAAAUAGCAUCAUUUGGUCAUCAAAUCUGUCAAGAACCGCAACAAAUCCUGUUGUGCAGCUUCUGGAUCAGGGAAACCUAGUCGUGAAAGGCAGUAAUGCUACAGACUCUAACAUAUUGUGGCAGAGUUUUGAUGACCCAUCUGACACGUUACUUGCAGAGAUGAAACUUGGGAGGAACUUUGAAACUGGCUUGGAAAGGUCCUUGUCCUGUUGGAAAAGCCCAGAAGACCCUAGUCCAGGCCAAUUUUCUUUAUCGAUAGAUCUUCGAGGGUAUCCACAACUAAUCGUUUGGGAUAGAUCUGCAGUACGUUAUAGAUUAGGAUCCUGGAAUGGAUUAUAUUUUACUGGGACUCCAGAGCUGAAACAAGUAAGUGUGCUAAAAUUUCUCUUUGUUUUCAACAAGAAGGAAGUGUACUACACAUGGGAGCGUGGAAAUUCUUUUGUAUCAAGAUUAGUGGUGAACCAAUCUGGGUUUCUGCAGAGAUUUGCAACAACAGAAGGAUCAAAUCACUGGGUUCUUCUAUAUUAUGGACCGCAAGAUCAAUGUGACUAUUACUCGUUAUGCGGUGCAUAUGCCAGCUGCAACAUCAACAAGGAUCCUGCACUAUGUACCUGCUUAGACGGAUUUUUACCGAAAUCGCCCAAGGAUUGGAGCAUGUCAAGAUGGUCUAGUGGAUGUACACGGCAGUUUCAGUUGGAUAACUCGGAUUGCAAAAAGGGAAACAACUUUCGUAAGUACACAGGAUUGAAGUUGCCAGACACUUCUUCGUCUUUGUAUGAUGAGAGCAUCAGUCUCACAGAAUGUAUGGAAAGGUGCUUGAGGAACUGCUCGUGCACUGCAUAUGCUAAUUCAAAUAUCAAUGGAGGAAUUGGCUGCUUGCUUUGGUUCAGUGACUUGGUUGAUAUGAGAGACUACUCUCAAGGUGGGCAAGACCUCUAUAUACGAGUGGCCAAACCAGAAACAGAUAUAUUUCACGGUAAACCUAAGACAAGUAAGUGGAAAGUAGGACUCGGGAUUGGCUUUGUAAUAUUGACGGCAGCCAUUACAGGAGCACUCGUCAUAUAUAUAAGAAGCAAGAAAUGCAGGAAAGAAGCAAAUUUCACAGUGACAGGAAAUAUCUGGCAAAAAGAUUACAUCAGUGAAGAUGGAAAGGAUGAGAUGGAGUUACCAAUGAUUGAUUUAACCACCAUAACAAAAGCCACAGAUGGAUUUUCGAGGGGGAACUUUCUAGGCCAAGGUGGUUUUGGGUCUGUUUACAAGGGUAAGUUAACAGAUGGCCAGGAAAUAGCAGUGAAGAGGCUUUCUGAAAAAUCCAAGCAAGGACUCAAAGAGUUCAAAAAUGAAGUUAUACUAAUCGCAAAACUUCAGCAUCGGAAUCUUGUAAAGCUUCUUGGAUGCUGCAUUCAAGGAGAUGAAACCAUGUUAGUCUACGAGUACAUGCCUAACAGGAGUUUGGACUACUUUAUUUUUGAUAAAGUAAGAAGCAAGUUCCUAGACUGGCCUAUGCGCAUGCACCUUAUUGGAGGAAUCGCUCGAGGACUUCUUUAUCUUCAUCAUGACUCAAGAUUAAGAAUCAUCCAUAGAGAUCUAAAAGCUAGCAAUGUCUUGCUAGAUAAGAAUAUGAACCCAAAAAUUUCAGACUUUGGACUGGCUAGAACAUUUGGGGCAGAUCAGAUUGCAGCCAACACUAAUAAAGUAGUGGGAACGUAUGGUUAUAUGGCCCCAGAGUAUGCAGUUGAUGGGCUUUUUUCAAUUAAAUCAGAUGUCUUUAGCUUUGGUGUUUUGGUGCUAGAGACAGUGAGUGGUAGAAAAAACAGAGGAUUUCACCACCCAGAUCACUACCAUAAUCUUCUUGGACAUGCAUGGAAACUCUGGAUGGCAAACAGGCCACUGGAGCUAACCGACAACACUUUGGGUGACUCUUGUGUGCUGUCUGAAGUGAUAAGGUGCAUUCAUGUGAGUCUGUUAUGCGUGCAGCAACAACCAGAAGACAGACCCGACAUGUCUUCAGUAAUUUUAAUGUUAAGCAGUGAGACUUCACUGCCUCAGCCAAAGAAGCCAGGUUUUUUCACCGAAAGGAAUCUGCCUGAAGCAGAAUUCUCGUCAAGCAUUUAUGAAGCAAUUUCAACAAACGAAUGCACCAUUAGCAUGCUAGAAGCAAGGUAGAAAACCAUCAUUUAACAGAGACGAUUUCUGCAAGUUGUAUGUAUUAAUCAAUGGCAAUAGCUAUAGUCAUAGCAUCUUGAAUAGGAAAUAAGCAACUUUCUUGGCAAUAAUGAAAUAAGUCGACUCUUGUAUAAACAAUUUGAAUAUUGGUUCUUCAUAAUGGGUUCCAUUAUAUCUCACCAUAACAAGUAGAACUGUGAAGAAUAGCAGAAUGCGUAUUUUAUUAAGUAUUUUAUGUAUACAAAUUUUUUAGAAUACAUUAAUCAUAUAAGGUG